UUUUUCUUUAAAAAUCAUCUGUUUAAUAAUUAAAACGUAAAAUUUUAUGAAACAUUUAGAAGCCAAACCAGAAUACAGAUGCCCGAAAGACAUUUUGCGUUUGGUCAAUCGAAUAAAAUCUAAAGACAUCAGCUUCGAAGAAUGUACGAUAGUGCGUCUGACAUCGACGAAAAUUUCUUUGACGCAUUAGCGUUGUUGCAUUCGACUAAGCAAGACAGUACGGAGAAGCUUCGUCGGAUGCUGGAUGCCUGCAUCGAAAGAAAGUACGGUCCUGAAAAGACUUUAGCCGUCAGAAUGCCAAAACGAUUUUUGCAAAACGAGUCUGUUCUUCUAAUGCAAACUUCGAAUAACCGUAUAAUGCAAGGACGUAACGCAAUAAAAUCCGAGAUCUGGAACAGUGAUCUUGAGAUUAUUUCUCUCCUUGAAGCUGACGAAGCCGAGAACAUUGAGACGUCUGACAUAAAAGUGUUUGAGGUCGAUUACGAAGAAUGUUGCGAGGACGAAGAAGGCAUUCCUAGGAUCUCGAUUCCUGACGAAGGAUCCGCCGAUGGGACCGUGUGCAAGAUCUGUAACGGUGCUAAACUGGAACCUCUAAUCUUGCUGGAGUACCAAGAGUGUCAAGAAACUUAUCAUUCACUGUGCCAUCAACCUCCGAUCAUCGACAUUGAUGUUUACGAUCCUAGAUUUGUGUGGCGGUGCAGACGAUGUUUCGAAUCCCAUCAGUGACUCCUGCGAAGGUUAAAAUCAUGGGAAAGGAGCCCGUGGAAAAAAUUCGAAGAAAUAGCAAUAUGGUCAAAGAGAUUUCAAAUAUUUUUAGGUUGUGAAUAUCUGAAAAAAAAGCUAGUGAUUUGUUGCCGAAAAAUGGUAAAGUUUGGAAAUGACACAGACAAAUGCGCAAAAAUUUUUCUAAUUAUAUCCUAUGAUAUAUUUCUAAAUUCAAAUGUGUUGCACAAGACAGAUGGAUAGAGAGAAUUAUGUAUACAAAUAUAUCUACUUUUUCUUAACCACAGAAAUUGAAA